CCUCUCCACUAGAUUCGUUGUUGUCAGCGGUGGGCUUCGGAAAGCGAAGCGGGGCUCCGGCUGAAGCUGCUUCGAUCUGUUAUGCUCUCAAUUCCAGCGAUUUGAGCAUUUUCCUCUGCUGAUCGCAUUUUCUUGUUCCUGUGAAAUUCUACUUCAGCAGCCAUGAUUACAGCGAGCAAACUCAAAUCCGUCGAUUUUUACCGAAAAAUUCCAAGAGAUUUAACUGAGGCAUCAGUAUCAGGAGCAGGAUUAUCUAUUAUAGCAGCUCUCUCUAUGAUGUUUUUAUUUGGAAUGGAACUAAAUAAUUAUUUGGCUACCAGCACCUCUACAUCCGUGAUUGUUGAUAAGAGUUCUGAUGGGGACUUUUUACGUAUAGAUUUCAAUAUCAGUUUUCCUGCGCUCUCAUGUGAGUUUGCAUCAGUUGAUGUCAGCGACGUGUUGGGAACAAACAGGCUGAAUAUAACGAAAACAGUUCGCAAGUUUUCUAUUGAUUCACAUUUGAGACCGAUUGGCUCUGAGUUUCAUUCAGGACCAGUUGCAACCUAUAUCAAGCAUGAUGUUGAGGUAGAUGAAGAGUCCACUGAAGGAUCAGUUUCGCUCUCAUCAAGUAACUUUGAUAAAUAUACUCAUCAGUAUCCAAUUUUGGUUGUAAAUUUUUUUGCUCCUUGGUGCUAUUGGAGUCAACGUUUGAAACCCUCAUGGGAGAAGGCUGCUAAGACAAUAAGAGAGAGGUAUGACCCAGAAAUGGAUGGGCGUAUUCUUUUGGGGAAGGUUGACUGCACUCAAGAAGGUGACUUGUGUAGGAGGAAUCACAUACAAGGGUAUCCCUCUAUUCGCAUCUUUCGUAAAGGAACUGAUGUUAGAACUGACCAUGGACAUCAUGACCACGAGUCAUAUUAUGGAGAUCGAGAUACAGACAGCUUGGUGAAGACGAUGGAAAAUUUGGUGGCAUCCAUGCCAAGUGAAUCUCGGAAGCUGGCUUUGGAGGAUAAAUCCAAUGCAACCGGAGAGCAUGCAAAAAGACCAGCGCCUUCAUCAGGGGGAUGCAGAAUUGAAGGAUAUGUGCGAGUGAAGAAGGUUCCAGGAAAUUUAAUCAUUUCAGCUCGAUCUGAUGCCCAUUCUUUUGAUGCUUCUCAAAUGAACAUGUCCCAUGUCAUACACCACUUGUCUUUUGGGAGAAGAAUCUUACCUAGAGUUAUGAGUGAUGUAAAACGCUUAAUACCUCAUGUUGGUAUCAGCCAUGACAGGCUGAACGGUCGGUCUUUCAUCAAUAAUCGUGACUUAGGAGAAAAUGUUACUAUUGAGCAUUAUCUUCAGAUCGUUAAAACGGAGGUGAUAACUAGGAAGCGUUAUAAAUUAAUUGAGGAGUACGAGUAUACAGCACACAGCAGUCUUGCUCAGAGUUUACACAUUCCUGUUGUUAAGUUCCAUCUUGAGCUCUCUCCCAUGCAGGUCUUAAUAACAGAAAAUCAGAAGUCUUUUUCACACUUCAUUACGAAUGUUUGUGCUAUUAUUGGGGGUGUUUUCACGGUAGCUGGAAUUCUGGACGCGAUUCUGCACAACACUCUUCGAAUAAUGAAAAAAGUGGAGAUUGGGAAAAAUUUUUGAUAGAUUGGCGAAAAAUUUGUCUAGCCUAGAACAUAGGACUUCUGAUUUUGCUAUACGCAACUUCACUAGAAAUGUCUUCUUUAGCACUUUGUUUACUUUAUAAAAUAAAAGCUUUAAAUAUGAUAAUUAAGAUUUAUGCAAUGUGUUGCAGCCAUUUCUCUAAUUUCUUCUCAUAAUUAGCUGAAAA